GCAAUCCAGAUGACUUGCCAAUCUGGUCCUGUACUGAAAUGAGCCUGUGUUAGCACCGUUAAACAAAACCUGGGCUGUUACAGGUAAACAUGUCUAAAAUUAUAAUGUUAUGACUCUCGAUGUAAGCUGGCUGUCAGACUGAAACCUUGCCACACAGUCCGGCUCUAACCGUCCUCGUUGUCGCGGUAACGCUAGCUUAACGUUUUAUCAUGUGGGUUUUCGGUUACGGGUCUCUGAUAUGGAAAGUGGACUUUCCUUACGAAGAAAAGAGAAUUGGCUACAUAAAAGGCUUCAGUCGUCGGUUUUGGCAGGGCAGUACCGACCACCGGGGAGUACCGGGUAAGCCUGGCCGGGUCGUGACACUGGUCGAGGAUCCUGAGGGGUGUGUUUGGGGCAUUGCCUACAAGCUGCCGACGGGCCAGGAGCAGGAAGUGAAGAGCUACCUCGACUACCGAGAAAAAGGUGGUUAUCAGGUCAUCACGGUGAACUUUCACCCCCGUCCACCUCUCACUCCUCCUCCCAACCAGACGCUGCUCUACAUUGGCUCUCAGGACAAUCCAAACUACCUCGGCCCCGCCCCUCUGGAGGAGAUAGCCAAUCAGAUCAUCAGCUCUACCGGUCCAAGUGGGCAAAAUACAGAAUAUCUGUUUCAGCUCGCUGAUGCUGUGAGGACAAUUCUGCCCGAGGACUCAGACGCUCACCUGUUUUCUCUAGAAACUUUAGUGAAAGAAAGACUACAAAAUGGGCAGAAACACUCACACACUCAAACAGGUUGAUUGUGUUUAGAUAAAGAAUGAUCUUGAGGAAUGAUAUAUCGCAGGCUUGAUUUGGCAAAUAAUCUCAGGGUUUAAUACACGUCGAGCCAGUCAGGAUAUUUGUGGGGUUCAGAAAAUAUGUUGACAAAGUCUGUUUUAAUCCCUGUUCAUGUCACAGUGCAAAGAAAUGUCACCAUUUCAUCCCAUGCACAAAAACACACAUUUCACUGCAAAGAAUAUUUAUUAAUAUGUCUUGAAAGCUGCUUCAAAAUAUGUCAGUUGACAAAUACAUGAAGGUACUACAACUAGCAUUCAAACUAAAUGGUGAGUGAUCACAAAUAUGCUUUGAAUAAAUGCAAAGGUUUACUCAUUGUACAAUAUCCAACAACACAGAGGAAGAAUUUUUUGAAUCAAUAAAUACUGUAUAUUCUGAGUGAAUAUAUCUGAAUUCACAUAUACAUUUUGGUCUGUUUUUAUGCAUCUUAAAACAUAAAAACAAGUUAAGUGUGUGUGCACUGCUGUCACAAGUGGGGUGAAACAUAGGCUUUUGUCCAUGCAACAUAUCCAGUAUCUAGAGCAGUUUUGGCACAUUUAAAUCCCCUGAAAGCUUGGUUUUUCAGAUAUUGAUUAUUUCUGUAUAACAUUAGAUAUUUAUGAGAAAAUAAGAAAUAGUGGGAAAAAAACAUCUUUGUUAACUGUGGUUAAACAUUUACAAACUCAGCUAAUCUGCUUCACCAGGACCGUGCGGGUGUGGUUUGAUCAGAUAAGAAUAACAGUGCCUGCAACAUGAGCAAACAACCCCACAACUGCCAUCACAUUUUGAUUCAUAUGUUACUAAAUCCUAACGGAAGUAUGUCACAUCACCUUUUUCCAACUCAGCCACGUUCCACUUCACAAAACGCAGAGACUGAAAUGUCCUAAGAGCAAUAACCAAAACCGUUCCAACUCUGGGUGAAAGUUGUUUUCUUCAUGUCGGAGUUCAUCAUCAACAUGGCUUUGAUGAUGAUGUUAGGAUAGCAAAUACCACAAUGCUGUGUUUCACCUUGUCUCACAAACAACAUAAAAUUAUGUCACUUGGAUGCCACUGUCUUUAAGCCAGGUUAGCAGCGGCUAGUGGUCAUGAUUACCAUUAAUCUGAUAAUCCGUCCUUGCUAAAUACCCUCCAUCUCUCUUCCUGAUAUGAAAAGCAAAUUUCAGGGAAGGUAUCAUUAUCAUACCACGGUAAUAAUGCUGUGAACUACUCAAGUGUGCCUUGUUUAUUCCAGAACUGUACUUACCUAGUCUGGGUAUCCUGUACCUAUUGGUGUUCCAGCAUCAGCUAUCUGCUGAUUCUCAUUCUGCCAGCACGCGUCUCAGCACAGUGAACAUAUCAACGUCUCAGCACAGUGAACAUAUCAACGUCUCAGCACAGUGAACAUAUCAACGUCAACAGCACUGCAUCAAAAAAAAAAUCAACGUUCAGAAUACAAACGUAGACAGGUCUAUAUGUGAUCCUGUCCUUCGUAAACACACACACAUACACUCACACUUGCCCAGCCGCAACCAGUUUCCGGUGUUUAUUAUCUGUAGUAGCAUCUGUACAACAAUGUUUGGCCAGAAAAACUAAAAAACUAUCACUGCAGAAACAAACAUCUCAUCUAUGUGUUGAGCUCUUUGUGCAGAAACUAAUCUGUUGUGAACAGCUACUGUAUGUGAUAUGGAUGUACGCAGAUAAACUGCAGGUAUUUCACGUGAUCAGUCAACCCUGGCAACCAUACAGCACACCGCACUCAUUCUUCCUCUCUAAAAUGAAAUACAUCUUACUUGAUGCAGGGAAUUUAUUUAACUGGAAACAACAGUAAAUUCUUAGUGCUGAGCUAUUGUAUAAUACAACGCAUUGGGUUGUAUAGGUACAUGAUAUUAUUGUAGCAUAUUAUGUAUUUUAUUACUUAUUACAGUUGUAUAUAUGCUAAUAAAU